CGUCUAGCGAUUCCGUCUGAGAAACGGACGCGGACGUUUAUCGGACGUUGUUAUGCGUUUCUCAGCUGGUUUUCAGCUGGUUUACAGACGUAUAUAGACGUUCAUAGACGUUGACAGACGGAGCUGGCCGUUUUAGACUUUGGACAUGUUCAAAGUUUCCAACGUCCAGCUAACGAUCGCGAUGGACGGUUCUCAAACGUUACUCACACGUUUGUUGGCCGUUUUCACCGUUAUUCAGACGGAACAUUACCGGUGUUUAGACUGUACACGGCCGUUAGGCAGACGGACAGUUCGUCUACCUACAGCCAAGGAACGCAUUAAACGUCCAUGGAACGGUUAAACCGACAAGAAAACAGCCGAAUAACGUCAAAGAAACGUCCACUCAACGAACACUCGACCGCCCGAAGACCGUUUAAGUAACGGUAGAAACGGAUGGAUACGGAUUGAGGAACGUCUAUUAACGUCUAAUAAAGUCUAAAUAACGGUCGAAACGAACGUAAAACGUUUGAGAAACGACUUGACAACGAUUAAGAUUGGCGGGUUCUAGCUGACAAAGUUUUGGGCCUGCAUACUCUUCAUUUACUCAUCCGCUUUCAAUCGGAAUGGAUGACUAUUCAGAUGAGGUGGCACUUAUGCAGGCACAGCUUGAUGUGCAAGUUGCCAGAAUAAAUCUUUAUACAUAUGCUGUUCAAAGACAAAGGGCAAGGCUCAGACAGCAGAAGAAGCGAAGGCGCAGAUUCUGGUUUCGCCCAUGGCUUGGCAUCGAGAGGCGGAGGAGUUUUGGUCUUUACGACCAGUUGAUGGUCGAGCUGCGAGCUGAAGAUCACAAUUCCUUCUGCAAUUUCAUGCGGAUGCCACCGGAUAUGUUCAGUGAGAUCCUUCGCAGAGUCGGACCAAGAAUCACCAAGAAGCAUACAUGGUUCAGGGCCCCUAUUGAGCCUGGAAUGAAGUUAGCUAUAACACUUCGACAUUUGGCAUCAGGGGCCAAGUAUAUGGACAUGCGCUACGGAUGGAGGGUUCCGCAUAACACAAUCUCAAAAAUUGUGAGAGAGGUUUGUGGGGCGAUCGUGGAUGAGUACAUGAACGAAGUGAUGGCAGUGCCAACAUCACCUGAAGAGUGGAGGGUCAUCGCAGAUGGCUUUCGCACAAAAUGGAACUUCCCUCACACGCUUGGUGCAUUGGAUGGUAAACAUGUUGCAGUUCGGUGUCCACCAAAGUCUGGUUCAACGUACUUCAAUUACAAGAAGUUUUUUUCCAUAGUGUUGCUAGCUCUGGUAGAUGCGGAUUACAAGAUCAUCUGGGCCGACAUUGGAGGUCGUGGGGCAGCAUCAGAUGCCCAGAUCUGGAACGAUUCCGAUUUGAAGGGGCAACAGAGUCUGGAGAAAUCAACCAUCCCCCGCCAGAUCCUCUCCCAAAUGACACUCAGUCCGUCGAUUGGUUCUAUAUAGGUGAUGAUGCGUUCGGUUUACGCAACUUCAUGCAGAAACCGUUUUCCCAAAGAAGUCUCACCAGAGAAGAACGUAUCUUCAACUACCGGCUGUCGAGGGCUCGCAGGGUGUCAG